AUGGUCCCUGGGAACAGGAUCAAAGAAUCUAAGUUAUAUGACCUGCAACGUCAGCAGCUUGGAGAACUUACUGUGCUAAAUGGAACUCGAAAGUCAAAGGUUAACAACGUAGUAGUAGGUUCCUUAUUUGAUGAGGAGGAGCCUGAAUUGGAAGAUGAGUACAUGUCUUUCAUGGCUGAGAUAGAAAAUGACCAACCUUCACUGAAGACUGAGGAGGAGGAAGAAGGAGAUUGGGAUUACUCUAAAGAGGAAGCGCUUGAAGAGGAAGGGAAAAAGAAAGCAUUUUAUUCUGCAGUGUAUGGUUCAAAAGAAAGUGAGAAGAGUGUGAUGAAAAAACGACAUAGGAAAGAUCAAAGUACUCCUGCACCACCACCACCACCACCACCACCACUGAUAACUAACGAAGACACACUUUUUGGAGCCCAAUCACAACCACAGAGUGGGACAGGCUUUGGGUCAUUUCCACCAGCAUUUGGGACCCUAUCUUCACAAUCAGCACCAUCAGCCAGCAGUCCGUUUGGAAGUGUGCAAGGUUUUGGCCCUCCUCCUGCCUUCGGGGCACCCGCUUUAUCUAGUGUAAACAUUGCAUAUCAAUUCUCAUCAGUUUCCGAAAAAAGUGAAACUUCUGGGUUUAGUUUUGGACAAACGUUUGGGGCACCUACACAACAAAUGUCUACUAACAAUGUGUUUGGAGGUCCAGUCACUAAACUCCAAGUGCCCCAACAACAAAUGUUUGGAGUAACCUCAGGUUUUGGAGGUGGACCACCACCAAUUUCUCAAAUGUUCCAGCAAACUAUGAGAGCAGGUGCUGUUGGAGGACUUCAACCACCUUUAUCAAAGAAAACACAUGGAUCUGUUGUUCCUGAACCACCUCCUUCAUCACGUACUCCGAUAUUGCGGCCUUCAAAAUUUAGAGCAGGUCUGCCUCCAACACCACCCCCUCCACUCCCUAUGGCAGCAGCACCUGGAGGGACUCCAACACCACCCCUUCCACCUCCUACCCAGAUGUUCAUUGCAGCAUCACCUGGAAGGGCUCCACAUCCUCCUCUUCGACCUUGGCAUAUAAUUGGAGCACCUCCCAAACCUCUUUCAAUUGUUCACAAUUUAAAUAUGUUCUCAGAAAAGGAAAGCAGACGUCAACCUUCUCAAUCUCUUGAAAAAGCAGCGAUUUUAACUCAGCAUUCACCUCCAGCUCCAACAACAAGAACACUUGAAUCUUCCGAUAAUGCCAAGCAGGUGUCAUGGAGAACUAUGGGGAGGAAAUUGAACCAAGAGAGAGAAAGCAAACAACAGGAAAUGGAAGAUAAAAUAUUGCUAGAUUCUCCGCAAGAAAAUUUGCGUCAGAGUUUUUUAAAACGAUCUCCUGAGAGAAAACAACAAGAAAUGGGAGAGGAAAAAUUAGAGAAAACCAUGAAAAAAAUAAAAACAAAAUCCUUGAAUCGUAAACAAAAAAAGCUGACAAAAGAGGAUAUUUCUCCAGCAAAGGAAGCUGAGCCACUACUGAUAGAAUCUCCACAAGAAAUACAACGUCUGAGUUUUAUAGAAAGGUCUCCCGAGAGAAAGGAAACGGUGAGAUAUCUUAGCCAGAAUUAA